AUGCUAGUGAAAGACUACUACAAAAUAUUGGGAGUUAGCAAGGGGGCGUCGCAGUCCGAUAUCAAAAAGGCGUACUAUCAGCUUGCAAAGAAGUAUCACCCGGACAUAAAUAAGUCCGAUAAAUCUGCAGCACAAAAGUUCGCCGAAGUCAGUGAAGCCUACGAAGUUCUAGGCGAUGAAGAAAAGAGAAGAUCCUAUGAUUCUUUUGGUGGGACCUCUCCCGGUGGUUUUUCUGGUUCAGCUAGCAGUUUCGAGAACUUCACGUCGCACUUUGAUCCAGAAGAACUAUUCCGUCGGAUUUUCAGAGAUAGUGAUUUUGCCUAUCAAGAAUGGAGUUCUGGAGAUCGUAAUUUUGCCGAGUCUAUUUUUGGAUUCAAUACUACAAGGGAGGUUGUAGUCAACCUCUCCUUCGAAGACGCUGCCAAGGGUGUUACACGCGAAAUCGUCAUCAAUGUUGUUGUACCAUGUACCACGUGUGAGGGAUCGCGGUGCCAACCGGGAACUGGGAUGACUACCUGUCCCAAUUGCAGUGGCUCAGGCCAUGAAACAGUCAGCACAGGACCCUUUGUUCUCCGGUCUACCUGUCGUCGGUGCUCCGGUAGUGGUAGCGUGGUUCGGUACCCUUGUCGCGCAUGUAAUGGGACGGGCCAAACCAUUGGCAGAGAACAGGUUAAGGUCGCUAUUCCACCAGGUGUUGAAGACGGUCAGGUCUUGCGAGUUUCGGUGGGCAACGGGCGAAACGGAGCCCGCUAUAAGUCGUCGCAAGAGCUGUUCGUCACUGUCCGAGUGGAGGCAAGUCCUAAUUUUAGACGUGACGGUGCAGACGUCCACUCGAAUGUGACAAUAACCCUGGCUCAAGCGGCGCUCGGUGGGAAGAUCAGAAUCCCGGGUAUUUAUGAGCAGGUUUUGGUGACGAUCCCUCCUGGGUCCUCGAGUCAUGAUAGGAUUCGUCUACCUGGGAAAGGCAUCAGUCGUGUAAACGGGCGUGGCUACGGUGAUCAUUAUGUGCAUCUUCGUAUCAGUACGCCGAAGCAACUCUCGGAGCUUCAGCGAGCUCUUCUACUGGCCUUCGCUGAAACCGAAACGAACGUCAAAGGUUCUGUGGACGGCGUUGCAACAACCGAAUCAGCCCUCUCCCGACUACACCAAACCCUCACGAAAUUGAGUAGCAGGGACGUUGGCCGAUCAGGCAACAGUGCUACGGCCUCGGGAAGGUACGAUGAUGCUGGCCGCCACGCAAUUGACAACACUCAGGGCUUUCUACUCUCCCGGAUUCGGGCUGCCGUGGCAGGCAAUCCUCCCCCCAUAGAAAAAAGAACCGAUUCCAAGGGCCAAUCCUCAGCGCGCUCACCCAACCCACCGUGCGACGAAAAUUCUCCUCCCGAUGACGAGGAACGCGAGGUGCUCCCCUAG